CUCCCGAUCACACUUUAUCCUCCUGCCUUCCGCCUUUUCUCCACGACGACGUCCUACACGGAAUGUCCGCCGUGCAACGCUUCGUAACAGAUCAAUUCGAUGUUGUGCGCCAGAGUCUCGAGAAGCUCGUCAACAACUGCAAGAGUUUGAGUGACUAUGUGCGCAAGCUUCUCAGUAUUGAGCAGGAGUAUGCAAGGGGGUUGCAGAAGUUGACAAAGAAUGCAGCAGAUACGAGCACUGGAAAGGCCGUGCAGUUCUUGGGAGCUGCUGGUGCUGGGUGGCUUUACACUCUGCAGUUGACACAGAAAGUGUCUGAGCACAGACUGCAACUUGGUGACACAAUGGAAGAAAGAGCAAUAAGGACAUUGAAUAGAGUGUUUGAUGGAGAUUUGGACAAGCAACGAAAACAGUUGAUAGCCGAAGGUCGACGUUACUCCAAAGAGAUGGAGCAAGCCAACCAAAAGCUUCAGAGAGCAAAAGCCAACUACGUCACUGCCUGCUCGUGAGUGGGAAAACGUGCUGCUCGGCCUACACAGAGAACACGGAGACGUCUGGGCUUCGUCGUCAACGAAGCUUCGAGAGAAGGAAACAACAUCAUUCACAAAGUGCCAACAGAUGAAGAUUGCCUACCUCUCUGAAUUGACGGCAAUUAACGUUGUCCAGCAUGCUCACUACUUUGAGAAAAUGCCUCAACUGUUGAGUUGACUUACACAACUGGCGCAUGACGUCAUAUCUGUGAUGUGUGGAGCACUUCGAAUGCUACAACAACACGUCACGAAAACAGUAGAUGCAGAGCUGACCAAGACAUUCGUGUCCAAUACUGGCUGGUUGCCGCUUGAAUCACUCGACAUCAAGCAAUACUGCCACGACUUCAUCCUUUGCCACUUUGAUCCCGACGACGCCAUCCCUCCCCAACCAUUCGUCUUCAAAGAAUAUCUAAUGGCCGACGAAGCAGCGUUGGUUCACGCAAAGAAAGUCCAAUACGAAAUUAUCAAAUGCUUUCCUUCCGCAUCAGACCUGGGCAUGCAGGCACAAGGCAACCCAAGAUCGAAGCCACAGAAACAAAAGACGGCCACGUUCUACUCACAAGCGGCCGAGAGCGAGUCGUCUGGUGGAGAGAACACUCACGGUGUUGAGAGUCCAGAAGAGUUACUCGAGAGUGUGGAUAAGGUGAUUGGACGAAGCAACAGCAACUCGGUGUCCGCGAUGUUGUCUCUCCGGCAAGUGAUCCUACGAGGUGGGCAAGCGUUGAAAUCACGGUUUUCACGUGAGGGGAUUUUGUUAGGCGAGGAUAUAUUACAACCGGUUCUUCAACCGUGGCCGUACACCUUCGGGACAGUGUCUGAUCAAUUGCCGUCGUAUCCCAAGCCGGAUUCACCAUCUUCUGCUUCGGUUGUACGAGUCACCGACGACGCUCCAGAUUCGUAUACAUCUCAGCUCUCUGUAAAGGCUGAGAGUGCAGAUGAGGCUUUGUUUGCUAUCCGUUUGUGUGCUGGAUAUCUCGAGCAGCCGGUUGCUCUCCGCGAGGAAGGCAUAUUUUGUGUUUUGGGUGACGUGACUCGAAUCCAGCAGCUGCAGGCGGCCUUGGUCACCGACGAAGACGGUGGAUCGUCGAACACGCGUCUUCGCUCGCUUCUAAUCAACGAGAUUAGCAACGAGUUGAACCCCAACACGGUGGCAGGAUUGCUUAAAAUGUAUUUACAUCAGAAAAGUGUGUUCUGAGCCGAUGAAAGUGGCCAAAUGGCCGAUAUAUGACGACUCGCUAAGGGCGAUCUGUUCCAGGCUUGUCGACUAAUGAGGGACCUACUGCAGAGAGUCACGAAACGAGGCUACGCCAUUCUACAAUCCGUGAUAAAAUUGCUGAUGGAAAUCGUGGAGUACAGUGAGGAGAAUCGCAUGUCCAUGCAAGCGUUAGCUCUCUCGUGUGGCCUCUCUGUUUUCCCGGAGAUGAUCGACACCGGAGAUGCUGUCAUCACGCUCAAGUUCUUCUUGAGUAACUACAGCAGUUUGUUCGUAGUCGAUGCUAACGAAUGAUGAUGAGAUGAUAAUGGUGGUGGGAAUUGUGUCUCAUUUGACGAUGGGAUGUGAUGGCAGUGUGUUUGGGUUUGGACAGGAAUCUGUUGCUUUUUGUUCACUAGAGAAACGUAGUGUGGUCAUAAAGAUUUUUACUGAAACGAAAGACGUGGCAGGUGAGGUUGACAUUGCUGGUUAUCUCAAUGAAGGAGGAGAAUCUGAAGUGCACCUAUUCAGUGUGACGUCACUCUUCUGUCUCAACGAUCGUCUCUUCGUCUGCACUUGAUCUGGUCACAUAGUUGUAAUCAACUCUAACUCACUAUCGAUCAUAUCCAAGUUUCACGGUUUUUGUGAAAACGUCUUUGAAAAUGCUUUUCCUUCUGAAAUCAUCGUGGAACUUGCUCCCUGCCGUAUUCUGGCACACAUCAGAUGCAGACACAGCCAGGAAGGAGCCUUCGAGUUUAUUCCAUAUUUGGUUAGUUUUGGUGUUGGAUUACAGAGUUAUGCCAGGGAACACGUGGGUAUGUCAAUAACGAGUCUCUUGCACAGCUCCUGUUGUGCAAGAGACUAGUCAAUAACAAGCUUCAUGCUGCUUUGGAAUAUUGACAGUUUGUAGUCUGUUGAUAUACGAUGGUCACAGUCGUUUGUAUUUUCGAAUUCUAUUUUUGCCGCUGCUAGGAGAGUAGAUUGUACUACUGUUGUAUACAGGUACAGCAACUGAGUGAUCUGACUGCAUGUUGGGCAUGUGAUCACACCAUGCAAUGGCGGUGAACGUCCCAGAUAAGAA